GCCCCGCCCCUCGCGCCUUCCCUUUAUAAGGGAGCUGACUGAGCACGCACGCUGCGCUGUAGCUGGCGGGAUGGAGGCCCCGCGCGAAGGUCCCGAGUGCGAGGCACCCUGGAAGACGAUGUCCAAUGAGGAGCUGGAGAAUCAGUACACACCCAGCAGAUGGGUCGUCCGACUGGGAGCAGAGGAGGCCCUGAGGACCUACUCACAGAUGGGACGUGAGGCCACCAAGAGGGCCCGGGCCACCAGGAGGAGCCUGCUGCACAUCCCCUAUGGAGAGGGCCACGGUGAGACACUGGACAUCUAUUUUCCUGAGGGCAUGUCUGAAGCCUGGCCUGUCUGUGUGUUUUUCCACGGAGGAUACUGGCAGAGUGGAAGUAAAGAUACAUCAGCUUUCAUGGUGAACCCACUGACAGCACAGGGAGUGGCCGUGGUGAUAGUGGCUUACGACAUUGCCCCCAAAGGCACCCUGGACCAGAUGGUGGACCAGGUGACCCGGAGCAUCGUGUUUGUCCAGAAGUUGUAUCCAUGCAAUCAGGGCAUUUAUCUGUGUGGACACUCAGCUGGGGCCCACUUGGCCGCCAUGAUGCUCCUGGCCAGUUGGCCCAACCAUGGAGUCACGCCCAAUCUCAGAGGCCUUUUCCUGGUAAGUGGGAUCUACGACCUAGAGCCGAUCCUGCACACCUCUCACAACGCCCCUCUCCUCAUGACCCUGGAGGUUGCUCAGAGGAACAGCCCACAGUGGCACCUGGGGGCGACCCUGACACAGCCCGCGGAUCCCAUGUGCCGUGUGCUGGUGAUCCUGGGCCAACAUGACUCCCCUGAAUUCCACCGACAGUCCAGAGAGUUCUAUCAGACACUUUGCCGAGGUGGGUGGGAAGCCUCGUUUGAAGAACUCCAUGACGUGGAUCACUUUGAAAUCAUUUGGAACCUGACCCGGAAGGACUACGUGCUCACCCAGAUGAUUUUGAAAACCAUCUUGCAGGAGUUCUGAUGGCACCUGAACCCCAGGGGGCAUGCACCCUGACUGUGAAGCUCCUCCAGCGAGCCUGCCCGCCACCCCGCCAGCCCCGGGAGUGCCUGCAGGUCCACUCACCCUGCCACUAGCCCAUCCUCGCUGCUCUAAGCACUGCUAAAAACCUCCGCUCCGUGGCCUUCCCUGGCCUGGACCAAGCGGCCUCCAGGGAGGGGCCAGCCCAGGUCACUGCUGUGGGGUGCCCAGAGCUGCCACCUGGCCAAGUCUGACCCCUCUGCCUGCUGAGGAGUGACAAAGAUGACAGCUCCUAGCCAUACCUGGACUUGCCUCUGGCUGACCCUUCUGUCAGAGCUUCCCAAACCAGACUUCGUUUUGUCUUGUCACCCCUUUAUCCCCUCUGUCCUAGCCACCUGACAUUUGGGUGUGCCCCUG